AUGGCUCAAGGCAAUCGCACCGUGGUGACCCACUUCCUCCUCCUAGGACUGACAAGCGAGCCUAAGCUGCUGACUCCUCUCUUCCUAAUCUUCUUAAUGCUUUAUCUCAUCACCCUGAUGGGCAAUCUUGGGUUGAUCACGUUGAUCAAGACGAACCCCCGGCUGCACAUGCCCAUGUACUUCUUCCUCUGCAAUCUGUCUGUUGUUCAUCUUUGCUACUCCUCCGUCUUUCCUCCAAAGCUGCUUAUCGGCUUCUUGGUGGAAAAGAAAACCAUUUCUUACUCUGCCUGCUUUCUCCAGCAUUUCUUUUGACUCGUGUUCGCGACCGCAGAGGUGCUCUUGCUGGCUGUGAUGGCAUACGACCGUUACGUAGCCAUUCGCAACCCGCUGCUCUACGCUGUCUCUGUGCCCAGGAGGGUCUGCCUUCAGCUGGUGGCCGGGUCAUACGCAGGAUACUCACUCAUCCAAACGUGUUGCUUGCUGCCGUUGCCUUUUUGUGGGCCCAAUAUCAUCAACCAUUACUUCUGUGACACUAACCCUCUGCUGAAACUCGCCUGCUCUGAUGACCACCUCAGUGAGCUUUUGCUUGUAACCUUCAACGGGACCAUUUCCAUGUCUGUGCUCUUCUUCAUCACCAUCUCCUAUGUGUACAUCCUCUUCUCCAUCCUGAGGAUUAGGUCUGCCAAAGGAAGGCACAAAGCCUUCUCCACCUGUGCCUCCCACCUCCUGACCGUUACCUUGUUCUUCGUGCCCGCAGGGCUGAGCCACAUGCAGCCGGGCUCCAAGUGCUCGCUGGAGAUGGAGAAAGUCACCGCCGUGUUUUGUCCCCUCAUCGUCCCCGUGCUCAACCCUCUGAUCUACAGCCUGAGGAACAAGGAGGUCAAGGACGCACUUAGAAAAGUGACAGCAAAUACCAUUUUUGCGAGUAGCCGAGAAG